GACCAGGAAGAAAAUAAAGGAGCCACCAGCUGGCCAGAGUUUUAUAUCGAUCAGCUGAAUUCAAUGGCUGCUAGAAAAUCGCUGAUCGCCUUGGAAAAAGAAGAUGAGGAGGAGAGAAAUAAAACAAUCGAAAGUUUGAAGACUGCACUGCGGACAAAACCAAUGAGGUUUGUAACCCGGUUCAUCGACCUGGAUGGCUUGUCGUGUAUUCUGAACUUUCUCAAAAGCAUGGACUAUGAGACGGCAGAGUCUCGAAUACAUACCUCGCUCAUUGGCUGUAUAAAAGCACUAAUGAACAACUCCUUGGGCCGGUCUCACGUCCUGGCCCAUUCGGAGAGUAUUAACGUAAUCGCUCAGAGUCUGAGCACGGAGAAUAUUAAGACGAAGGUGGCAGUGCUGGAAAUCAUGGGCGCUGUGUGCCUGGUUCCUGGGGGCCACAAAAAGGUACUGGAGGCGAUGCUGCACUACCAGAAAUACGCCAGCGAACGGACUCGUUUUCAGACGCUGAUAAAUGACUUGGACAAGAGCACGGGGCGGUAUCGGGACGAAGUGAGCCUCAAGACAGCCAUCAUGUCCUUCAUCAACGCAGUCCUGAGCCAGGGGGCAGGCGUGGAAAGCCUGGAUUUCAGACUCCACCUGAGAUACGAAUUUCUCAUGCUCGGAAUCCAGCCAGUCAUUGAUAAACUACGAGAGCAUGAAAAUUCAACCCUCGACCGGCACUUAGAUUUUUUCGAAAUGCUUAGAAAUGAAGAUGAACUAGAAUUUGCCAAAAGAUUUGAGCUGGUCCACAUCGACACCAAAAGUGCGACUCAGAUGUUUGAGCUGACGAGGAAGAGGCUGACGCACACCGAGGCAUACCCGCACUUUAUGUCUAUCUUGCACCACUGUCUGCAAAUGCCUUAUAAAAGAAGCGGCAACACUGUCCAGUACUGGCUGCUGCUCGACCGGAUCGUGCAGCAGAUCGUCAUCCAGAGUGACAAAGGGCAGGACCCCGACGCCACUCCCCUGGAAAACUUCAAUAUUAAAAACGUUGUCCGAAUGCUAGUCAAUGAAAAUGAAGUGAAACAGUGGAAAGAGCAAGCAGAAAAAAUGCGAAAAGAGCACAGCGAGCUUCAGCAGAAGCUGGAGAAGAAGGAGCGGGAGUGUGACGCCAAGGCCCAAGAGAAGGAAGAAAUGAUGCAGACGCUGAACAAGAUGAAGGAGAAGCUGGAGAAGGAGUCCAGUGAGCACAAGCAGGUCAAGCAGCAGGUGGCAGAUCUCACGGCGCAGCUCCACGAGAUGAGCAGGAGGGCAAUCUGUGCUGCCAGCCCCGGAGGACCUCCCUUGCCCCCAGGAGCUCCUGGUGGCCCUUUACCUUCUCCAGCUCCAGGAUCCCUCCUUCC